AUGGCGUUCGGGGCAGUGCUGGCACAGGUCGGUGGCCUGGGACGCUUCCAGGUGCUGCAGACGGCGCUGUUGGCCAUCCCCAUCCUGCUGAUGUCUCCUGAUGUCACCUUGGGGUCCCCUGAUGCCACCCGCAUCCCUGGUGCCACCCAUGUCACAACCAAUGGCACCCGCGUCCGGACUGAUGCCACCUUGGGGUCCUCCAUCGGCACCCUGGGGCCUGCUGGUGCCACCCUGGAGUGGCCCAAUGGCACCCUGGCGCGUCCCGAUGUCACCCUGGGGUCCUGCCGGCCCUACGGGACCUCGUCGCCCGCCAACGGCACCACCGGCCCUCGGCCCACCGAGCCCUGCCACGAUGGCUGGGAGUACGACCUCAGCGUCUACGUGGCCACCCUCGUCACCGAGUGGGACCUCGUCUGUGGCUACCGGCAGCUCCGGCAGAUGGCCCAGUCUGUCUACAUGGCCGGGGUCCUGGUGGGCGCCCUGGUCCUGGGGGGCCUCUCAGACAAGUUUGGGCGCAAGGCCAUGUUGAUGUGGUCCUACCUGCAGCUGGGGGUGAUGGGGACCUGCACGGCCUUUGCCCCCAACUACGCGUCCUACUGCGUCUUCCGCUUCGCCGGUGGCAUGGCCCUCUCCGGCGUCGGCCUCAGCAUCGCCUGCCUGGUGGUGGAGUGGAUCCCCACGCCCUACCGCGCCGUCACCGUGGCCAUCACCGGCUUUGCCUACACCCUGGGCCAGAUCCUGCUGGCUGGCUUGGCCUACGCUGUCCCCCACUGGCGCUGGCUCCAGCUCACCGUCUCCGUGCCCUACUUCGUCUUCCUCCUCUACUCCUGGUGGUUGGCUGAGUCUGCCCGGUGGCUGGUGCUCUCGGGGAAGGCUGACAGGGCUGUGAAGGUCUUGCAGCGAGUGGCCAUGAUGAACAAGAAACAGGAGGAAGGGGAGAAGAUCACGGUGGAGAUCCUGAAGUCCAACAUGAAAGAGGAGUUGGCCGGUCUGAAGUCCUCCUACACCAUCUCUGACCUGGUCCGGACCCCGGUCAUCCGUCACAUCUUCUUCUGCCUCUCCAUCAUCUGGUUCUCCAUCAGUUUCUCCUACUACGGGCUGGCCAUGGACCUGCAAAACUUCGGCGUCAGCAUUUACCUCAUCCAGGUGAUUUUUGGUGCCGUUGACUUCCCAUCCAAAGUGGUGGUGACCAUCGCCGUGAGCUACAUCGGCCGGCGGGUGUCUCUCAUGGUGGCCCUCAUCUCGGCGGGGCUGGUCAUCAUCGCCAACAUCUUUGUCUCCACAGAGCUGCAGAUGGUGCGCACGGCGCUGGCCGUCAUCGGCAAGGGUUGCCUCUCCGCCUCCUUCAACUGCGUCUUCCUCUACACCACCGAGCUCUACCCCACGCCCAUCAGGCAGACCGGGUUGGGCUUCGGCAGCACCAUGGCCCGAGUCGGUGGCAUCGUGGCGCCGCUGGUGAAGAUGAUGGAUGAGUACUACCCCUUCUUGCCCCCUGCCGUCUAUGGGGUGGCCCCCGUGGUGGCGGCCGUGGUGGCCAGUUUCCUCCCGGAGACCCUCAACGCGCCACUGCCCGACAGCAUCGAGGAGGUGGAGAGCAGGUGGGCAUCCCCUCCUCCUCCUCCUCUUCCUCCCUCCAGGGCCAAACGGAAGAAGGCAGAUGACCCCAAAGAGAAGAUCCCACUCCAGACCCAGGACAAGGCCCUGCUGAAGGAGGCCUGA